AGUUCCAACCACCUAUUACAUCUCUCUCCCUCUCUCUCUCAUUAUAUAUAAAGUAGUUCCAUCCAUGUAUAUCCCUGUACAUAUUACUUCAAGUCAGUGCUAAAACAAAAUAAAUCUGCAGAGACCCUAGUUGCAUCUCUCUCCUAUGGCAGAUUCAACAAAGCAUCCACCUAUAAUCACAGACAUAAAAUCCCUCUUAUCUUACCAAAGAAAGAAACGCAUUAUCACCUUUAUCUAUGGUUUCAUGUUUGGUUUCGUCGUCUUCACUGUUUUCUUGGCCUUUAAUCCUUCUCCUCAAUCUUCUACACCUUGGGUUUCAAAUAUCUACAGCACCAUCAAUACUAUCUCAACAACUAACUCUUCAUCUUUUUCUUCUUCUUUUAAUUUAUCGUCUAAGCUGUCUCCUGUUUUUUCUUACUUUUUUCCAAACUCUACACUGCCAAAUGCCAAUGCAUCCUACAACAGAAACCAGACUCAAAAUAAAGACUUGGGCCUUGAUAAAGUUGGAAACUUUAGUUCAAAUAAGACCAGAAUUGAAACUCCCAAGUCUCAGGUGGUUAUUAAUCAGACUCAAGAUCAUGACUUGGGGAAUAAAGUUGAAGUCUUGAAGACAAAUCAGACUGCUGUUCUGGCUCCAAGUCCUCCGGUGGUGGUGAAUCAGACUGUAAAUUCUGUGCCCAAUUCUUCGGUACAAAAUCUUAGUGGGAAUGGAGAUAAGAGAAUUGCAGACACUGGUUUGGUUACAAAUGCAAAUACUUCCUUGCCCAAGAAAGAAGAGAAGGAUUCAAGUUCUCAUGUGCCUGUAAAUGUGGAAAGAGAGAAGUUGGUGGGAAAAUUAAUGAAUUGUGAUCUGUUUCACGGGGAGUGGGUGAGAGAUGAUUCAUAUCCGUUGUACAAACCUGGUUCUUGUUCACUUAUUGAUGAACAAUUCAAUUGUUUUCGUAAUGGUAGACCUGAUAAAGGCUUUCAGCAGAUGAAAUGGAAGCCACAGCAUUGCACCUUACCAAGAUUGGAUGGGGGUCAUAUGUUAGAAUUGCUGAGAGGCAAGAGAUUGGUCUUUGUCGGAGAUUCUCUGAAUAGGAACAUGUGGGAGUCUUUAAUUUGCAUUCUGAGAAACUCUGUCAAGGAUCAAAGCAAAGUUUACGAAGCAUCCGGCCAACACCAUUUUCGAUCAGCCGCAUUUUAUUCUUUUAUCUUUAAGGAUUAUAAUUGUACUGUGGAGUUCUUCGUAUCUCCAUUCCUAGUUCAAGAAUGGGAGGAGCCAGAGAAAAAUGGAUCAAACAAGGAAACACUGAGACUCGACAAAAUUGGAACUUCUGCUGAUAACUACAAAAGUGCAGAUAUUUUAAUUUUUAAUACUGGACAUUGGUGGACUCAUCCAAAGACUUCUGAAGGGAGAGACUAUUAUCAAGAAGGGACUCACAUUUAUCAUGAACUAAAUGUUAUCGAGGCCUUUAGAAAAGCUGUAACAACAUGGGCAAGAUGGGUAGAUGCCAAUGUUAAUCCUUUAAAGACUCUGGUAUUCUUCAGGGGAUAUUCAGCCUCACAUUUCAGUGGAGGCCAGUGGAAUUCAGGUGGACAAUGUGACCAUGAAACUGAGCCGAUUAAGAAUGAGACAUAUCUAGAUGCAUACCCGCCCAAGAUGAGAGUUCUGGAGAAAGUACUGAGAAAUAUGAAAACUAAAGUAUCUUUUUUGAAUAUUACAAGACUGACAGAUUAUCGGAAAGAUGCUCAUCCCUCGGUAUACAGAAAGCAAAAAUUGUCAGAAGAGGAGAGUCAAUCGCCGUUAAAAUUCCAGGACUGCAGUCACUGGUGCCUCCCUGGCGUGCCGGAUGCUUGGAAUGAGCUUCUGUACGCAGAAUUGUUAGUUAAACAGCAUGAGAAGCAACAACAGAAAAUAAAACGAUGAGCUCAUAGUUGUGAGGCAUUAGGCAAACAGUUAUUUUUACCAAUUUUAGUCGAUCAAAAGCUUCAAUAUAUAUUUUGUCAAAAAAAAAAAAAAGCUUCAAUAUUUGUAUAAAUCAUAGGUAUAUUGCUUUGAAUGUUAUGAUAAAAUAUAUUGUACUAUUAUAUA